AUGGUGAACUCGAGCCGCGUGCAGCCGCAGCAGCCCGGGGACGCCCAGCGGCCGGCGGCGCCCCGAACGGCGGGCCCCGGGCGGCUGAUGGCGGGCGGCGGGGCCGCGGGCGCUGGCCUCGCGGCCCCGGGCGGCCUCCGCGAGCAAAGGGGCCUGGAGAUCGAGAUGGAGCGCAUCCGGCAGGCGGCCGCGCGGGACCCUCCGGCCGGAGCCUCGGCCUCUCCCUCUCCUCCGCUCUCGUCGUGCUCGCGGCAGGCGUGGAGCCGCGACAACCCCGGCUUCGAGGCCGAGGAGGAGGAGGAGGAAGACGAGGUGGAGGGAGAAGAAGGGGGCAUGGUAGUGGAGAUGGACGUGGAGUGGCGCCCGGGCAGCCGGAGGUCCGCAGCCUCUUCGGCCGUGAGCUCCGCGGGCGCCCGGGGCCGGGGGCUGGGGAGCUUCCACGGCGCCGGCCAUCCGAGCGGGAGGCGGCGCCGGCGAGAGGACCAGGGCCCGCCGAGCCCCAGCCCGGCCGGCGGCGGGGACCCGCUGCACCGCCACCUCCCCCUGGAUGGGCAACCGCCCCGAGUGGCCUGGGCCGAGAGGCUGGUUCGCGGGCUGCGAGGUCUCUGGGGAACAAGACUCAUGGAGGAAAGCAGCACCGACCGUGAGAGAUACCUUAAAAGUGUUUUACGGGAACUGGCCACGUACCUCCUUUUCCUCAUCGUCUUGUGUGUCUUGACCUACGGGAUGAUGAGCUCCAGUGUGUACUACUACACCCGGAUCAUGUCGCAGCUCUUCCUGGACACCCCCGUGUCCAGAACGGAGAAAACCAACUUUAAAACGCUUUCUUCAGUGGAAGACUUCUGGAAGUUCGCAGAAGGCGCCUUGUUGGACGGGCUCUACUGGAAGACACAGCCCAGCAACGGAACGGAAGCCCAUAACCGAAGCUUCAUCUACUACGAGAACCUUCUGUUAGGGGUUCCUCGUAUACGGCAGCUGAGAGUCAGAAAUGGAUCCUGUUCCAUCCCCCAGGACUUGAGAGAUGAGAUUAAAGAGUGCUACGACGUCUACUCCGUCAGCAGUGAGGACAGGGCUCCAUUUGGUCCAAGAAAUGGAACCGCUUGGAUCUACACAAGCGAAAAAGACUUGAAUGGGAGUAGCCACUGGGGAAUGCUCACGACGUACAGCGGAGCUGGCUAUUACCUGGAUUUGUCGAGAACAAGAGAGGAAACGGCCGCUCAGCUGGCUCACCUCAGGAAACACGCCUGGCUGGACCGAGGAACCCGCGCAACGUUUAUUGACUUUUCCGUGUACAACGCCAACAUCAACCUGUUCUGUGUGAUCAGGUUAUUGGUCGAGUUCCCAGCCACAGGCGGAGUGAUUCCAUCUUGGCAAUUUCAGCCUGUAAAGCUGAUCCAGUAUGUCACAACUUUCGACUUCUUCCUGGCAGCCUGCGAGAUUAUCUUUUGCUUCUUUAUCCUUUACUAUGUGGUGGAAGAGAUACUGGAAAUCCGCAUUCACAAGCUGCACUAUUUCAGGAGUUUCUGGAAUUGCCUGGAUGUUGUGAUCAUUGUGCUAUCAGUGGCCGCUAUAGGAAUUAACAUCCACAGAACAUCAAAUGUGGAGAUGCUGCUACAGUUUCUCGAAGAUCAAAAUACUUACCCCAACUUUGAGAAUCUGGCAUACUGGCAAAUCCAGUUCAACAACAUAGCUGCUGUCAUAGUAUUUUUUGUCUGGAUUAAGAAUAUGUUUUUGGCCAUCAUCAAUGAUACUUACUCUGAAGUUAAAUCUGAUUUGGCCCAGCAGAAAGCUGAAAUGGAACUCUCAGAUCUUAUCAGAAAGGGCUACCAUAAAGCCUUGGUCAAGCUAAAACUGAAAAAAAACACCGUGGAUGACAUUUCAGAGAGUCUGCGUCAAGGGGGCGGCAAGUUAAAUUUCGAUGAGCUUCGACAAGAUCUCAAAGGGAAGGGCCAUACGGAUGCCGAGAUUGAGGCAAUAUUCACAAAGUAUGACCAAGACGGAGACCAAGAACUGACUGAACGUGAGCAUCAGCAGAUGCGAGACGACUUGGAAAAAGAGAGGGAGGACCUGGACUUGGAGCACAGCUCUUUACCACGUCCCAUGAGCAGCCGAAGCUUCCCCCGCAGCCUGGACGACUCUGAGGAGGACGAUGACGACGACAGCGGUCACAGCUCCAGGAGGAGGGGGAGCAUCUCCAGCGGGGUUUCUUACGAAGAGUUUCAAGUCCUGGUGAGACGGGUGGACCGGAUGGAGCACUCCAUUGGCAGCAUCGUGUCCAAGAUUGAUGCAGUGAUAGUGAAGCUGGAGAUCAUGGAGCGGAACAAACUGAAGAGAAGAGAGGUGCUGGGGAGGCUGCUGGACGGCGUGGCCGAGGAUGAAAGGCUGGGUCGUGACAGUGAAAUCCACAGGGAACAGAUGGAACGGCUGGUACGAGAAGAGUUGGAGCGCUGGGAAUCCGAUGAUGCGGCUUCCCAAAUAAGUCAUGGUUUGGGCACACCCGUGGGACUCAAUGGUCAGCCUCGCCCCAGAAGCUCCCGCCCUUCUUCCUCCCAGUCUACAGAAGGAAUGGAAGGUGGAGGUGGAAAUGGCAGUGCCGAUAUCCACGUGUAGGACAUGUGCUUUUAACGGUUUAGAAGGUGGGCGCGGUGGUUAACGAAUCCGACUAGGAACCACGAGGUUGCGGGUUCGAUCCCUGGCCUCGCUCAGGGGGUUAAGGAUCCGGCGUUGCUGUGAGCUGUGGUGUAGGUCGCAGAUGCGGCUCGGAUCUGGUGUAGCCGGGGCUGUGGUGUAGGCUGGAGGCUACAGCUCCGAAUGGACCCCUAGCCUGGGAACCUCCAUAUGCCACGGGCGCUGCCCUAGAAAAGAUGCAAAAGCCAAAAAAAAAAAAAAAAAAAAAUAGGUUAGAAGGUGAAUGUCCCAAAUUGCCAUGACAAGUACGCUAUUUAUAUGCCCUGACCACCGUAUGAGGCUGGUCUUUGGGACCAACCAUCAUUUCUUCUGCACUUUAAUUUAUUUUAGAUAAACUUUGCCCAUGGAUCAAAAAAGUCUUUUUUUUUUUUUUCUUUUCUCAUAUAAGAAAUCUAGGUGUAAAUAUUGAGUACAGGAAAAAAAAGAUCUCUGUAAAGUCUAUUGAGUGGUACACCCACUUGCUUCCAUGACUGAGUCUCCUCAGUCGACGAUGAAGUAGCCUUUGAAGGCUAGAACUGUCAAAAGGCUUCUGAGUUUAUUUCCAAUCACCAAAAAAAAUCAGGAUUGUCAUUUUUGCCGAGUGUGUGAAGGGAAAAUAGGGGCAUUCCUUUCCACUCAGGCUUAGCUCAUGGGCUGAAUGCAUAGCUUUCUUUUAAGAAAGGAGCCUUGUAUUUCAACUACCUUCCUGGGGUACCCUUUUCUAAAAGAUGAGCUAGAAAAGAACCCCAGACCCUAGAAUGGGUACGUAGUCAUUAUGCUAGCAUUUGUAUGAAUGGUUACGAUAAAUGUUGAACACUAUGCUUUUUUCUUGUCAUAUCUAAUGCCUGUGGGAUAUUUUGCUUAGUUUUUAUACUAUUUUCACUCUCACUUGAAAUGAGCUGCAUAAAACUACCAAAGAGUAUGGGUUAAAAUGUCAUUUCUGGAGAGUUCCCGUUGUGGUGCAGCAAAAGCGAAUCCAACUAGCAUCCCUGAGGAUGCAGGUUUGAUCCCUGGCCUCGCUCAGUGGGCCCGGGUUCAAGCGUUGUUGUGAGCUGUGCUAUAGGUCAGCAGCUGUAGCUCUGAUUCGACCCCUAGCCUGGGAACUUCCAUAUGCUGUGGGUGUGGCCCUAAAAGAAAAAAAGAAAAAUCUCUGGCCAUCAUAUAGGAGAACUGGAAGGAGCCAAAUCACUAAAUUUGACUUUUUCUAACAGUUCGUUCUGUAUAAAGAUUUAUUCCAUAUAUUAUUUUCUCAUGUGGUUGAAUCUAUUUGCAACUGAAUUUAAUGUUGUAACUAAUCUAGGAAGACAACUUACUAAAAUUUUUAGCAUGUCCUGCAAGGUUUAACUCAGCCCUCAUGUUCCUUUUAAAAUAAAAAUUUAAGGAAGUUUUGAAAUUCAUAUAAAAUAUUAUAAAACUACAGUUUGAGUUUUAUACAGUUUUAAGAAAACAGAACUCAGACUUCCUGUCGUGGUUUAGUGGUUAAUGAAUCCUACUAGUAUCCAUGAGGAUACAGGUUCCGACCCCUGGCCUCAGUCAGUAGGUUAAAGAUCCGGGGUUGCCAUGACCUGUGGUGUAGGUUGCAGACAUGGCUUGGAUCUGGCAUUGCUGUGGCUGUGGUGUAGGCCAGCAGCUGCAGCUCCGAUUCCACCCCUAGCCUGGGAACCUCCAUAUGUGGAGGGUGCAACCCUAAAAAGACAAAAGACCAAAAAAAAGAAUACAGAACUCAAAUACUCUUAAUGCUGCAUUUCAAAACUAGAAAUUAUAACCUGGGUGGAACUCAAUUUAACAAAAAAGGAAUUCUGAUUAUUGAGGGUUCCAUCAUUACCAGAAGGUAUCAGCCAAAAUCUGAGUUUGUAGCAAUUGUUGUUGUUGUUGUUUUCCCAGUUGGGAGAGGGGCUCACCAAAUUUAUGGGGAAGAAAUCUAUUGUGCAACAAAACCCCCAAAAUCUUAUUUUUCCAAAACCAUUGAUUGACUAAGCUGACCUUUUGAGAGUUGAUGGGACAAGUAAAAGAGACUGCAGUGGUGGUGAGUCACUGUCGCGUGGAAAACAAAAAACUCACCUAGUUGUCCAUUUAAUCAGUAGACUAGAUCAGUCAAAUCUUCAGUGGAAACAUGAGCAAACAAACCUUUCUGAGCUGGUUUCUUAUACACAUCCGGCUUCUUUAACAGGUGUUUCCCGUGCUUUCAGCUCCAUUUUUACUUUGUCUUGAAUAUGCUACCCAGCGUUCUUGGGUACUGAAGUUUGCCUUCCAGGGAUGUCGAGUGUACAUAUGUGUGUAUGUGUCCCAUGUUACGUGUCAACAAACUUCGAUUUGAAGUGCAGCCAUUAUGUGGUAUCCAUGUGUACUGACCCUGUGCCAUAGAUCCAUAUGGUCACUGGAAAGUCAUUUUAUGAUGCUUAUUAUUAUACUGUUUUUCAUUUCACCUGUAAAAUUUUGCGAAAUUCUCUCUACCUACAAGUUACAUAUUUUUUCCUCCUUGGUAAUGGAGAAUCUUCUCCUUCUUAUUCCUCCCCUAUCAUCUCCCCUCUGUGUGGUAUUAUUAGGAAACUGUUAGAUACACAAGUCUCUCUCGACAAUCAAGAAUUUGAUUAAUGUGUAAUACUGAGCACUUUACUUCUUAAUAAAGACUUGAUAUACUA